AUGGCUAGCGUUCAUGCAUAUUGGAAGGUCGCUUUCAAACGCUUCAUUGAUGACGUUCCUCGCCUCAUCGAGCACCAACUGAACCAGGCGUUAGACGAGAAUCUUCUUGAGCGUCUUAGCGAUGGUAUUUCGCUAGACGAAGCAGAGAUCUUGAUGGCUGAAAAUCCGGAAAUCGCAGAGAAUAGAACGCGGCUGCAGGAGGUGGUUUGUCGAUUGCAAGAGCUUGAGCAACUGGUUGGACCAUAUAUGGGUGGGGACGAGCAGGUCGAGAUUAGUGAUGCCGCGUACAGUCGUGAAGCAUCCGCUUCAGGUUCUUUGUGCGGCUCGGAUCUAUCUCAGAAUCUCUUUGAAUAG